AUGAAAAUCCUGCCCUGUGGCCUGCUGCUGCUCAGCCUCUUCCCCAGCAUCUUCAGCAGCUGUCAGAGGGACUGUCUGACCUGCCGGGAGAAGCUCCGCCCAGCCCUGGACACCUUCAACUUGGAGGUGUGCCUCCUCGAGUGUGAAGAGAAGGUCUCCCCUAGCCCGCUCUGGACUCUGUGCGCCAAGGUCACGGCCAGGGGCUCCCGGCAGCUCAGCCCCGGCGACCCCGAUCACACAGCAGCUGUGCUCUACCAGCCCGGAGCCCCCGAGAUGCAGCAUCUGAAACGGAUGCCCCGCGUUGGGAGCCUGUUCCCAGCAGAGGAUGAAACCAGGCCUGGCCCGGAGGAAGCUGGUGAGAUGGAGACCCAGCAGAAGCAGCUGCAGAAGAGGUUUGGGGGCUUCACCGGGGCACGGAAGUCGGCCCGGAAGUUGGCCAACCAGAAGCGGUUCAGUGAGUUCAUGAGGCAGUACCUGGUCCUGAGCUUGCAGUCCAGCCAGCGCCGGCGCACCCUGCAGCAGAAUGGUAAUGUGUAG